UUGGCGGGCUGCUUGACCGCGGCGGGCUGGCUCCUUCCCUCCCGCAGCUGGGCGGAAGCGCCUCGCGAGGACGACGCCGGGAGGGGCCGCCGCCGCCGCAGCAGCAGCAGCAGCAGCAGCAGCAGCCCCCGCCCUCGGCGCGCCCCUCCUUGGGAGGGGAGGCAGCUGAGCUGAGGCAGCAGGAACCGGCUGGUGCUGGAGCGCCCGCCGCCGCCCUCUCAGCCAGGACUCGGGAGGGGGAGGAGGGGGGGUCCUGCUCCUGCUCCUGCUCGUGGAAUGGGGGGGGGGCUUCAAGCCCCACCUCAUUGCCACUACUUGGCUGCCUACCGAAGAGCCUCCGACUCCGAGGAGAAGCCCGCCCAGAGGCCGAAGCAGGCAGCCGCUCUCCUCCCCCCAGUUCCACCCCGCCCUGCAGAAAUCCUAGUCCGAGGGAAGGCCGCCCCCCCCCCCCCCCCGCAAGCAGCAGGGCAAGGAAAGGAGCGGGCGGCUCCCCCCUCCGCAUUACAGUUCCUAAGUCAUAACUGCUGAGGGAAAGCGGCCCCCAAGCUUUCUUGUAGCCUUCUGAGGGAAGGGCUCUAGGCCCAGCCGUGGCUUUCACCUCACCAAAAGGAUGAGGAUAAUAAUAAUAAUAAUUAAUAAUAAGUCUCUGUUGCCUCAGGAAAAGGAGGAAACCCCUCCAGCCAUGCUACUCAGCCAGGAUGUGGCCUUUUAAAAGAAUACCUUGUGGGAGAAUGAUGGGAAUAUGGUCUUCAAGUAGGGAUGUGUGUUUCGUUUCGUAUACAAAACGUUUUGUGCACAAAACAGGCCGUUUCGGCUGUUUUGUAGCCAAAACAAAACACCCAAUGCUCAAAACAGAAAUUUUGUAGCCAAAACAAAACGUCCCUGUUUUGGAUACAAAAUGUUUUGUUGUUUCGGCUGUUUUGGAACUCCAUUUUGCAAUCACAAAAAGUCUUCCUCCUUCAUUUUUCAGUCUCCAUUUUGAGUUUUGACAUCUGUUUGUGUUUCCAGCCCUUCCAGCUCACAGACUGGCCAGCGAAAGCAUGGGCUGAUCUGCUGGCAAUUGCCUCCUUACUCCUUUUAAGCAAAUUUAAGGGUAAAUUUUACCCUCAUUGACCAGUGGGGCAGUGUGCAUUUACCCUCAUUGCCCAGUGGGGCAGUGUGCAUUUGAUUGUUGUAGAGUAUAGAUUCUCUGGUAGCAUAUGAGAUUUUCAAUGACAAACCAUGAAUCCACUCUCACAUGCUACCAGAGAAUCUGAAUCUACACUCAAACAUCUCAGAAACAACAGAACCCAGUACCCUAUGGGUUAGCAACCCAUGGGGGUGAUUGGCACCCUAUGUGCUCUACACCACCACUGGCUCUGGGCCACCCUGGUGCCCCCCAAGUGCAGUUAUGGGGCAGGAAUUAUGGAGGUCCAUAAUUCCCUAUGGGGAAGAACUUUACAGAUGCGCAAACUCCAUUACAUCUUUAAAAAUCAGCUCUCUGCCCAAUUCCUUUGAAAUAAUUCUGGCAGCUUCCUUGCCCUGACUGGGCACUACCACCCACCCUACUCUGCUCUGGGCCACCCCUUUCCCCCCAACACAAAGCUAUACUUUUGCUGAAACCUCCAUUCUUCCCUAUGGGAAAAAUCCUAUAUUUCAAAAAUUCACCAAAAAUCAGCCCUUUGCCCAAUUCCUCUGAAAUUUGGGUGGUAGUUUCCACCCACUGGGCACUACCACCCCCACCCACUAGUUUUUCCCUGGGGCCAUUUUUCAAAAUCCAGAAUGUUUCAGAUUCGGAUUUUGCAAUUUCGAACAAAGAACAAAAUUGGGGUGUUUCGGAUUGGCUGAUUUCGAACAAAGGACAAAAUGGGGGUGUUUCGGAUUCGGGCCAAAAACAAAACGGGGAAAAACAAAACGCACAACCUUAUCUUCAAGACCCCUGCCAAAAACCAGUUUCUGAGGGGAAGUGGAGUUUCUGAGUGGGGAGUUCACCUCCCUGCUUGGGCUUCAUCUUGCCAAAGGAACUCCAACAAACCCCUUCGGAGGAUGCUGCAGCCUUGCUGACGUGAACAAAAGCCCUGCCACCUCACUGCCCACAUUUGUAGCAUUUGUCUGCCGCGGGCAACACGCCACAGAUUCUCCCCGACCUCAGAACACUGGGGCGCCACAGUCUUCUGCAUCACGGUGAAAAUCUGUCCACUCUUAGAGCGUUCUUGCUCUGUGCAUACAAAUGCUGGAACUAUGGACGGCGUAGGGCAGGACUUCUGAGCGCAACGGCACAGGGGCUGUAGCAGGAAAUUCCCUGAGGCCAGGGGCUCAAUUGGCAAGAGCAAAUUGGCCAACUGGUCAGAAAGACCUGGGUUCAAGUCUCCUGGAAGCGAUGAUUCAAAAAGAGUGACCUACUUCAGAGGGCGGUGGUGACAGUGGUUAUGGAAAACAUGCACCCUGUAGAAAGGAGGAUCCAGGAGAUGCUGUGGAAAAGUCUUUUGACUCAGGGUUAUCCCAAUACACAACCCCUGGGUGGCCAAUUUCUCGAGACUCCGGGCCAAUCCUGUGGAGUAGACAGCCCUCCUUUUACCCUGAGUCCCUUUUCCAGGGACCCUGUUCUUCUCCCCAGCAUCACAGGGGCGCAGUUUAGGAAACACUGUUCUCCCUGUUAGUCCACACCUCCUGCUCUCAGAGACCAUCUAGACCCUCAUCCUCCUUCCAGCCGCCUAUCUAAGACCCUUGCAUGCGAGGCAGGUCCCUUUCCUUGGCACAAGGGCAUCGCACCUGGGGCCGUUGCAUCGCCACCUUUUGCCUAUGCCGAUACUUUCUUACGUUCUUAAAGAAGGAACAGGACAAGAGGGGACAGGACCAGUUGAUACGAUCAUGCUUGAUGAACAAGGGACAAAGUCCACCCAGCUAUGCUCAACCUCACCACAGGGAAAUACAGCAGGAGCAAGCGAGCUGUUUAAAGUGCUGGGAGGAAAGUUGUGAAGUUCUGGGCAACUCGAAUUCCUCCCUUCUUCUUCUCUUCAGUGAAAAGAUGUUCCAGGACCAAAAUCCCUUCACACUGAAAUGUGCAGCACAAGGCCCCAGCACCUCAAUAGCACAGAAUUGGAUGAAAAACCAGCACAAAGGCUUAAUUGGUUUGUGGAUCCAGCUAGCUUCAAAUGAUGCAGGUUAUCCACCACACCGGUUUGCACAGAGCUCGGGAGAAGUACCUUGCCACAGUCCUAAGGAUUUCUGCGCUUUCCCUUUUGUGCUGAUAGGAGGUUGCUUGAACCAUCACUGCAUCAGGUCAACUCUGUGGAAAAGGCUCCGGCGGGGAGAGGAGAUGCUCAGAACAUUACCCUUGCCUCCUACCUGCUGAGACCUUUCUCAGGAAAGAGCACAGUGUGUGUGUUCAUUACAUAAAGGUAAACCGUGGCAUUUC